ACGCGGGGGAUUUUGGGGGCAUCUCGUCGUCAGCGAGCGUGCCACGAUUUCCAGGUGCUCGAUCCAAACGCAAAGGAACUUGACAGAGUAAUCCCCCACCUGUAACUUUUUGGGCUGAAGGUCCUGAAAGGUCAAAUAUGGUGAGUUUAUGUGCGAGCAAAGACCCCCUCGGCCUCCCCCGGAGCCGUGGCCGAGCAGAUCCAUCCAUCCAUCCAUCCAUCCCUCGUCGGUUUUCCUGCGGUUGCACCUUUGGGAAGCACCGUUGUGGGCUGAGGGAGGGGGACAGGCUUCAUUGUGACAUAAAAACAGCCACUUCAAGGACUUGGAAAAUCCAUUGGCAUCUUCUGGAGCAGCAAAACCACCUGAGCCCCUCCAGGGGCAUCAGCAGCAAUUUGGGGGGUCGUGGUCACACAGAGGGGGUCUCCAAAUGGGACAAACACGGCGCUGUUGCUUCCAGGAGCUUCUUACACAAGACCUCCCCCCCCCCCAGUUUCUCGUGUUUUUCUCAGCUUGAUGUGGAAAACUUCUCCACAAGAGCCACAGGAUGGAGAAACCAGGAAGAAGAAAAGGUCGGUUAAACCAGGAUCGUUUGGGCAAGCUCUGGAGAAGGAUGGAUGGAAACGACUCCAGGCAACAGCCUGAGGGUUUCAAAAUGGGAAGUAGAUUAUCAGGAUGUCCUUUAAGUUAAAUAUCAAGGUAUUUUCCAAGGCUAAGAGGCAGCUGUAGCAGAAAGGCCGGGAUAUUUUAGGAGAAGCAAGGAAAACACGUCAUGAGUUUGUCGUGCUCUGCUGGGAAAGGUCUUUGCCGUGGGUUUUGUGCCAGGAAAUUUUGGAAUGCUGGCAGAGCCAAAGAGCUGCCUGGCAGCACCUUCCCUGUGUCAGCCCUUCAGCCCUCCUCCUGCAUGAUCCGUGAUCCGCCAUCCCCCCGGAGCUCUCCGUGCCCGGCUCUUCCCGUGCCAUCCUGGGCACAGCCAUACCUCCUCCGGGCAGGCAGGGCCAGGCAGCAGGAAUGUGACCUGAUCCCAGCUGCUGGGGAAUGGGGAUCUCCCCCCGGGUCUAGCCCCAUCCCGGCGUUCCGAGGGGCUGGGAGCUGGGAAGAGCGGGAUGUGCCCCCCAGCCCCGCUCCCCAUGUCCAUUCCUGCUCCCCAGCAUCCCUGGGAUUGACUCUGGCUGUACAUGUGGAUGUCUAUACUGGGGUACUGUGUAUAUUUUAGGGUCUAUAAUGAGCAUAUCUGGCUAUAAAUGUGAUCUAUCAGCACAUAUCCAUUUCUUCCACACCUAUCCACUGCUGGCUUCCCAGGAAUGGGAAUCCUUUGGACUUUUCUGUGCUGCUCAGACUUUAAAAAAGAACGAAAAGAAAAAACAGGAAUACUUGGAUCAGAAUGAAGUUGUUGCUUGUGGCAUCUUCUCUUCUCCAAGACCCAUCCUGACCAUCUCCAUGGGCAGAGGAGGCUCUGAUGAGCUGCUCGCCUGGUCUUCCAUUAUCCCUUCUCCCUCCCACCAUCUCCCACCUGGGGCUUGUGUCCCUAAGAAUGGGAAUAUUGGAUCAAAUACCCUUGGAAGAGCAGCAGCUCCCUGACACCGGGGCUGUCGAUGGCCCCUGGGCUUCCAGAGCGCUGCUCCCAGGCACGGUGAUCCCGGGAGACUCAGGUAUCUCCCAGAUGUGCUUCCUGGGACUCCUUCCCCAGGGAUCUCUGCUUUUCCAUUGUGAAUGAAGCAAAGAGAAAGGGGAGCUCCUGGCUCCAAAGGCGACAGGAAAAGACUGAAUUUUGGGGAAACGAGACUCGCUCACCCAGGGAAGGCAAACUGGGAGAGCGGGAUCCACACAGUGCAAUCCUCGCCAAACCCUGUGUUCCUGAAUCCAAGGAACACCUGGGCAUGGGGUGUUUGGAUGAAUCUGAGCAGGGUGAGAGGGAUCUUAAAAACCAAAAAUAGCAUAAAGAAAUUGGGAGAGGGCAGAGGGCUCCUGCUUCUUUUCUCUGUGGGAACCAGGAGGAUGCUGUCGCUCCCGGCUCGGGAGGAGCAGGAUCUCGGUCCAGGCGCGCUUCCCCCCGCGGCACCGGGCCAAGGAAAACAUCGGCAACCCGAUCCCUUCCCGCGGCACGGGGGCCGCUGUUUAUCCUGGAGCCGGGCCGAGCCCGAGCCCGGGGCCGAUCCCGGGCUCAUUCCCGGCCGUGCCGCCCGCAUGGCGCUGGUGCUCGGGGCCGUGCUGCUGGCGGCGGGCGCCGCCGUGCCCGCGGCCGUGCCCGCGGCCGUGCCCGCGCCCCGCGAGCUGGCGCGCUCCGUGCUGGAGACGCACGGGCAGGAGCUGCGGCUGCUGCGGCUGCUGGGAGUCGCCAGGACGAGCUUCGACUGGGGGACCCACUUCAGCAUCAACUUCACGGCCCGGCAGCCGCCCUGCCCCCGGCCCCCCCCGGACCCCCGCGGCUGCCGGGGCCGCCCGGGCAGGGUGCAGCGCUGCUCGGCCCAGGUGUCCGUGUUCACCUUCCUGCCCGACGUGCCGCUCUCGAUGGUGGAGUGCGGCCGGGAGCCGCAGCCCGAUGGCAGCGCCCAGCCCCGCUCCCCUGGCACCAACCCAGGUCAUUCAUCCUCCUCAUCCUCCUCCUCAUCCUCCUCCUCAUCCUCCUCCUCCUCCCCCUCCCCGCGGCCCCGGCCCCCUCCCAACGCGUCCCUGCGGGGACCGUCCGGCCGCGCCCUGUCCCCAACGGAGCUGGAAUAAAGAGAUUUCGGACGUG